AUGGACACAGACAGACAUCAAGAUACGUCGAAUGUAGAAAAGUUGGAGAUUGGUGAAACAGUGAUAAGCAGUCAAUCAAGGUAUACAGCAACAGAGUCAUUGCGAAUGCAAAGAUUGCACAAAAUGCUGGAUCUGACGCGGUUUGUGCAUCAACUGGAAGAACUAUUGACUCAGCCAAUAAAAGUUCCAGGCACGUCAAUUUUGCCUUAUCCUGGUUCGCCUGUUAAAGUGCGUCACAACAUUGCCAGUAUGUUCUCAGUACGCUCUCUCUGGGCAACAGAAGAAGAACGUAAAACUGCUGUCAGUGAGCUGUACAAUUUUAAAACUUUGAGAAAAAGAAAGUGGAUUCAGAAAAUUUUGCUGGAGGAAUCUGACUCAGAUUCUGAUGGUGAAUUUCCAUUCACUCUCAAUGACUUGCAUACUAUUUUAAAGUUGCAUCGUAGACGACGGAAAUUGCAGAAAACCUAUCAUAUCAAUGUUCUCAAUUCUCAAUAUACUUAUUAUGGUGCUGGCUUACUAAGCAAUUAUGAUCCAUUUCCAGAACAUCAAGAUAGAAUAAAGGAAAAGUAUGGCGUUAAGUCUAAGCAGAGUUAA